AUGUCUGAUUCCCCUGACGGCAUCUACGAGAAGGGUCUUGUCGACCCCGGAUUCCCCGUGGCAAACUCCACCCAGCCCUUCUGGUUGACAGAGCCAUCGGUGCACAGUAAGCUACAAUCACCAUGGCCCGAGUCGGUGGACAUCGCCAUCAUCGGCUCUGGCAUGACUGCUGCCAGUCUCUGCCAGACCCUCUACUCGAAGAACCCCAAUCUCAGAAUCGUCCUCCUCGAGGCCCGCGAUCUCUGCUCGGGGGCCACUGGCCGCAACGGAGGCCACAUCAAGGCCAUGAGCCCCGGGUCGUGGUUCGAGCGAAAGGAGCAGCUCGGGGUGCAAGAGGCCGUGCGCGUCAUGGAGUAUGAGCAUAGCCACCUCAAGGAGAUGGCCGAUUGCAUCAAGACGAACAAUCUCGACUGCGACCUUCAGGAGAUCGAAGGCUUGGACGUCUACCAUGACGAGAAGGUUUUCCGCCAUGCACUGGAUGCCGUCGAGGAUAUGAAGAAGCACGCCCCCAGUCUCGGCGAGAUCUAUCGCGUCUACACGGCAAAGGAGGAUCUCAAGGCUCGAAACUGCCCAGAGGAGUGCCUGGGAGCCAUCGGAAUGCCCGCCGCCUCCAUGUGGCCUUACAAGAUGGUCACGGGGCUCUUUGAUAAGAUGAUCCGCGAGAGAGGUCUCUUGAUCGAGACCAACACUCUCGUCACAGCCGUCUACGAUGAGGACGACCGCAGCUUUGCCACCGUGAAGACCAACAGAGGAGAGAUCCGAGCCAGCCACGUCGUGCAUGCCACCAACGCUUGGGUCAGUCGUCUUGUGCCGGAGCUGCGCAAGUUCGUGUCUCCGGUAAGGGCCAACGUCCAACGCCAGGUGCCUCGCCCGUCUAAGGCCCGAUACAGCAACUCCUGGUGGAUCCGAUACGGAGAGCACGAUUAUGAGUACAUGAUCCAGCGGCCAGACGGCGCAUAUGUCAUGGGGCGAGCAGGCACAGGCCGCAGGGCUACGGCAGACGACAGCUCGGUCGACUUCUUGGCUCACAAGCAUCUCAAGGCAGUUACUCCUCAAGUCUUUGACUUUGGCACCAAGGACAUUGAGACAACGCAUGCCUGGAGCGGCGCUGUUGCCUUCACGUCGGACGGCAACCCGUUCAUUGGUAAGCUGCCGUUCCCAGGCCGUCAGCAUCAAUGGGUUUGCGCCGCGUAUUCGGGCAUUGGAAUGGUCAGGGCUUUCAGGUCUGCCCAGCUCCUGGCUUUGCUGUUGCUUGGUGAAGAGGUGCCAACCGCGUUCCCUCGCUCCAUGCUCCUCACAAAGUCCCGGGUUGAGGAUCGGAAAGACACAAUUUCUAGCAAGCUGUAA